GGACAGAAAACCCUCCUCUGACAUGUUAGCAUCUGCAUCAAGGACAGGAUGUCUAAAUGUGAGCUGAUUGAGCUGAAGGACCUCAGUGUGAAUGACCCCAUAGAGCUCGCCGCUCCAGCCGGCCACGUCGUGCCGCCGCCUGUGAGCCCAGCCCCGCACGGCGCCUACCACGUCGUCCGGCUGGUUGGAGACAGCGUCAGCAUCGAGGCUCCCGGCCGCCACGCCGGGGAGGCCGACUCGGGUCAUGACUUCCAGCCGGACAGCUACACUCAUCUGGCCUGGUGCGACCUGUGUGGCGAAUUCAUCUGGGGUCUCUACAGGCAGAGUUUACGGUGUGCCAACUGCAGCUACACCUGCCACGCCCGCUGCCGGCCGUUCAUCCAGCUGGACUGCAGCGCACAUGGGAGUCUGAUACCAGAACCUGCAGAUUUCUCCGUUGAGUCCGUUGAAACAGACACAAAUGUGGAUGAACAGAUUGAGAUUGGGAAACAGGAGCUGAGUGCUGAAAAGAUCCAGCAGAGGGUUAAGGAAUACAAUGCUCAGAUCAACAGUAACCUCUACAUGGUGGACAAUAAAGACGGGACCUACACUGGUUUCAUCAAGGUCCACUUUCAGUUAGUCCGCCCCAUCUCCCUCCCUCCUCCUCCUCAGAGCCUGAACCCGGCGGAAGACGGCGAUCCGCAGGGCGGGAGGAUGAAGCGGCGCACAUCUUUCUACCUCCCCAAAGAUGCAGCGAAGCACCUGCACAUAAGCUCUGAAACACGGGUACGAGAGGUCAUCGAGGCCUUGCUUAAUAAAUUCACUGUGGUGGACAACCCAGCAAAGUUUGCCUUGUUUGAGCGCACUGAGAAACAAAGUCAAGUGUCCAUGCGUAAACUAUCUCAUGAUGAACGUCCUCUGUACCUACGCUUGUGUGCCGGCCCCAGUGAGACUGUCCUCAGUCUGGUGUUGAAAGAAAAUCAGACUGGAGAAGUAAAUUGGGAUGCCUUUAGCUUUCCGGAGCUGCGCAACUUUCUGCGAAUCUUGCAGCGUGAGGAGGAGGAGCACGUACGACAGAUUGUGCGGCGCUACACUCUUGCCAGAGACAUGAUGAAGCAGGCCAUGGCCCGGAUAACCACCCCUGGGUGAUGCUCAGACCCGGCUUCAGAUUUAAUCAUUAAAAAGCACUUUCUGUUUCCUUGG